AUGAUUCUCCGCCUCUCUCAAGAAACUUCCUGGCUGAAGCGCAACUGCCAGGAGGUUUACUAUCUCUACUCAACAGAACACAUUUAUCAUAAUGGCACCAGGAUAGUCGCAGCUUCUCAACGAUAUCAGUGGCCAAUGCAGUCUCCGUCCGCCAGCCAACCCAACAAGCUUACUAUCCCGAAAAUGUUGGCGCCGACACAGCUCCUUGCUAGAUCAGUGACUCAGAGAGAUGGACACAAAACACGAGCAAGUUUGGUGAAAUCAGUCAUGACGAGCAUACUUUUAUUUAGGAGAUUUUACUGCUUGGCUACACUCUCGCUGGCAAUGAUAGGAAGACAUGAAGGCCAUUCGACAUGCCCACCAUUGCCACCUCCGGUCGUAUCCAUUUCCGCGGAUAGGGGUGGCAAUGGGGAGUUGUGGGCUUGGAAGAUGCCAAAGUGGCACGGUGAGGUGGUGAAAGAAGGAAGCAGUGGGUUUAGCGAAGCCUUCGAGGUGGGUAAUCAUGAACAUGAUAGGAAGAAGGAUGGAGGCUCAAUAUUGAAGCUCGAGACCUUUAAAGAGACGUCAUCCCUGUACCUCGUAGAUGCAAGUGAGCAGCCAGGAGGCUUGGUGCCUGUCCCCAAACUUAGUAGCAUUGACUAUGAGAACGUGAAACCUUGGAAUAACUCUUUUUCACCAAAAUACAUUCCCCUCCUUCGAUACCAUACCCGAAGUGCCAACCAUGGCUUCCACAAGACCUCGAAAGAGACGUGUGCAAUUCGACCGAAGCAAGAUGAGAGGCAAAAGGAAAGGGAUGAAGCCCAUACCCUAAUUAUUUUAGUUUCUAUGCUUGUGUCCUACACGGCGUUCGAGAACAGUAGCGAUGGAGCGCCCGCGCCCUCAAGCGCGGAAUCGUCUCAAACUACUUCCCCGACCAUUACGCCACCAAAGACAAAUACGUUCAAGAAAGUGAAGUUCUUGGAUACAAAACAAGUCGAAAUUGUCGAGAGCGAACCGGAGUUAGCAGAGUCGAUAGAAUCGAAAGCGACAACCACAGACGAAGAGACAAAGAUGUCAUCUAAUCUAAAUGCAACUCCAUGGGCAGCAACUCUCGCGCUGAAAACACAAUUGCGCGCCACCAUCAAAGCAACCGACUCUUGUACCAUUGAAGACUCUCCUUUCUCCCAACCAUCACUGCCAUCAUAUCCCUUCUCACCAUUGUCAACGAGGACAUGCUCCCCAAUACCAGAAGUCCCAAUUUCCCCAAAAGCCACUUCCGUAACAAAUGCUAAAGUUAUCGAUGGGAUACAAGAGGGCCUUUCUUCUCUUCCGCUGAUGAUGAAGCUUCUUGUCAAGCUAUUUGCUGGUUCAAGGCCAACCUUGAAGAAGACUCCGCCCUUGCGGAAGAUCGACAGCGGAAAACAAACUACAUCAUCAAAAAUAAUGGAUCAAGAUGGAGAACUUAAAAUGCACGAGAUCGGCGGAUUACUUGCUCAGGAUCUUGAGGCUCUUCUUGCGAGCACUCCUACACCAUCUUCUCAACACUCCUCUCUAAGUUCUGCUUCCACCUCGAAGGCAACUCCUCAGCCCUUGCAGGAUAUGUCUGAGCGUACAGAAGAAAGAAAAGAAGAUGAUUGGGAAGACAUCGCCGUCAAUCCUACCGACUUAGAAGGCAUUAUCAUCAACGAUUUUGCCAAACCAACUGCAAACCAGAAGAUGAAGAGACAGCCUAGAGAAGGGCCCCUCCAAUUUCCCUUCUCUCUCGCCCUAUGUUCUCUUCCGCGCAAGAUCCUCUGCCCUGAAUAUCGUCAAGAAGCCGUUUUGCAGCGCCAAACCAACCAGAUUCUGUCAAAAAGUUUCCUAGAUACUCAAUUUCAAGCUAUCAAACAGGGUGAACUAAGAACCCAGCAUCAAACUACCUCUCUCCAUCCCUUCCGCACCUCUUCGCAGCGUGGCCUUCGCCCUCCACCUAGGUAUCUUUCAUUCCCAAAGCGCAAAUUGGGUCCUGUUAAAAAUCCUCAUCCAGCCUGUCGCGAUGCUAGUAUCCAGGCGGAUAAGCUGCAUCCAGGCAUUCCAGAAUACUGGCUUCCAGAUCUAAAUUACAAGUCUGAAAUUGUAAAAGCCUCGCCCGACAAGGAGGCCUCGGGUGAUACAAAGGCAGUUCUAUGGGCACCGCAAGCCGCUGUGCAAGGACCACGACCACCUGUGAAGACUAGCACUCGAUUAGUACCGCCUACGCCAAGGAAUGCAACCAACAGGUACUGUCCGACGCUACCAAGGCCGACUAAGCCUCAGCCAACGAGAAAGUUUCUUGUCCCUCAGAUAAUUCGAGGCAUGGAAGACAGAGAUGCUGGUGAAGGGCGGCGACAGCGAAUUGCUCCACGUUCCUGGAGCCAUAUUUUUGGACUUGAUGAUGCAAUAAGCAUUGUCAGUUGUGUGAACAAUGCUAAUGAAGAGCAGCACGCACCUGGAGAAGGCGUGAAUGGUGAUACACUCACUGCUGCUAGAUGCUCAUCUCCGGCCCACCGCAUGGCUGUGCCGCCAACAACCCUACACCGUCAACAUCAUGUUAACUUCAGUGUCGGUGACGACCAGAUCCUUGAACUCGACAACGACAUCCACGGCGCGAAUAUGGCGGACUCCUCCAGCACCUCUUCCAUCAAGCCCACAAUGAUCCAGUCAGGCCGUCCAACUGCAGAGGAAUCAGGAAUGAAGCAGCCACCAGAACCCUACGAACGCCCAUGGGGCCAAUCUCACAAUCUUCUAGCUAAGUUAGCAGCCGAUGAUGCAUUCUACGUCCACUCUUCCUCUCCCACCACCAGUGUUGCCUCUCCUACCAAACAGUUAGUCCUCACAGACGCCGUCCCACCCCUGAGCUCUGGAGAAGUGGCGCUCAAACAUGUGAAGACCUGGUCUCCAGUGAGAGUGCGCGAAUCUAGCGCUUUGGCUUCACCCCCUGGCUCUCAGCUCUGGAGCUCUAGCACGAGCAAAGAUUCGGCUAUAGAUUCACAACCAAUCUUCCUAACACCGCGAGACAAGAUACCUGUUUACCCCGCAAUGGGGACGGUAGAGCACUACAAGGCGUUGAAGAUUAUACCAUACUCUACGUUCGUAAAUAUGGAAGAUGAUAGAACUCUUCGAGUCGACGCCCAGCUGAUGGCUCAGGUCAUUGACUCUACAGUGGGUAAAUGGAUUCUGUACUGGGAGAUACGGAUUGUUAAGGUGGAUAUUCGGCGGGAUUGUGGGCUGGCAGUGAUAGCGGCUGAGAAGUUGGUGCGGAGAAGGAGACUUAAAUAG